CUCAAUUCACAAGAAUAGCGUUUGAGUUGAUCUCAAGAUAUAUUAGUGAGGAAUUAAUCACCGAAUUGUCUAAAACGUUGGGACUUUUGGAUGAAACGAAAGAGUCAAGUGUUUCGACGACAUCGACACAAAUCAAAAGGAAAAUUGAUGAAAACGAAAGUUGUGUGUCUUUUGAAGACUACAGCGCAUACAGAGGCGGAACCGCUCCCUCAACACACGAUAAGAAGCCAGCGAAGAUGUCUCGGUCUCAGAGAGAACUGUUGAAAGUGGAUAAGACGGGAAUGAAGAGUAUUUCGAGUUUCUUCACUAAAAAACCCAAAUAAUAGAAAUGCUUUCAUAUUAUAAUGUGUUUCACGCUUUGAAUACAUGCGAAC